UGAGAGGAGAGUAAAAAUAUAUUACCAGGACUAUUACUACUGGUUGUAGUGUAGAAAAAGAAAUAAAAGGAGAGAAAGGGAAGGGAAGGGCGAAAUUAAAGAGAGGCAUUUAUGAGUCAUCAAAAUCACAUGUGCCAUUAAUAGCCUUCCCUGAACCAAUAUUUAUGAGCUCCCAAAGAAUCAUACUGAUACACCUAUACGGUCAUGAAAAUAGCAGUGGAAGCAUUGAGUGUGUCCUGAAAAGCGCGUUAGGAUCGUUGGGAAGAAGGAAGGAAGAUAGUUAGAUAGAUGAGUAACGGGUGGAACCACCAGUUCGGUGUUAUCGACACCAUCUAUGAGGAAGAACCCGAGUUCUCUUCCACCUCCUCUUCCCCCUCUCUCUCUCCACCCUCCUUCUCCUCUUCUCCCCCACUCCUUCACUCAACUAUCAGCGCCUGGUCUCUGUCUUCUGGCCAUCAAACGGACCUCCUGCUACGUGUUCAAGGAACCUGCUUUCGCCUACACAAGGAUCGGAUCAUUUCACGGAGCUCCUAUCUCAAACGCCACCUAACGAACCUCACCGAAUUCACACUCUCCCCGCCGUUAAACAUAACGCCCCACACCUUCGCCGCCAUCGCAGAAUUCUGUUACAGCAGCAGAGUCCACCUCACGCCCAAUAACGUCGCCGCCAUCAGGACGGCGGCGGGGCUGCUCGGCAUGACGGAUUCCAGAGGCUACGACGGGGAGAAUCUCUGCCACGUGGCGGAAUCCUACUUCAACAGAAUCGUCGGUAUUGACCAAGAGUACGCAUCGGUGGUUCUGCGGUCCUGCAUGGGUCUGCUUCCCGAGGCCGAAACGACGGCGUCGCUUGUAAGCAGGUGCAUUGAAGCGCUGGUUUGGGAUGACUACGAUGGUCACGACAUCGAUGCAACUUGCUUAAACGUCGUUGUAGAGAUUCGCCCUCAGGAUUUUCAAUCUGUCGUUGAUUCCAUCAAUGCGCGCCUUCCCCACCACGACGUUCUCUACAGGAUGAUUGAUCUUUAUUUCAAGGAAAACAAGAACGGGAAACUUACUGAGGAACAGAAAUCUCAGUUGUGCAAUUCGAUAGAUUGUACGAAGCUAUCGCCGCGUGUGUUGAUGGAGUGUGUUCAGAAUCCGAGAGUGCCUUUGAGGUUCAUAGUGCGAGCGAUGCUGGUGGAGCAUCUCAACACUCGCCGCUCUAUUGCGGUGGCGGCUGCUGCUUCCGGCGGGAACCAACAAGAUGAGCGAGAAUCACUAGGGGAUAUUCUGCGGCGUGACUCGGCUCGGCGUCAGACGGCUCAGCUGAAGGAGGCGAUGGAUUCGACGUGCUCUCGGAUUCAGAGCCUGGAGAAGGAGCUUAAUGGGAUGAGGAAGAUUCUGCUGGACCAUCAUGCCGCCGACGCGGAGCAGCAGGAGCGGAAGUUGAAUGCGCUGAACUCAGAGCGUUCGGCGAGUUUCCACGUUACGCCGGCGGCGGCGGAGGAGAGAAAAAUAGGGAGAGGUGGAAGGGGAUCAGUGUCGUCGUCGGCGCUAAUGUAUGAUGGGGAGAGUGGGACUCCAAGGAUGACGAAAUCACUUAGGCAGAGGUUGAUGAGUGGCCUCAAGAAUGCAUUUCAUAGGAAAAGCUUAUAGAAAUUGAACUAUGUACAUACAUUUCGCCGGGAUAUCGUGACGAUCACUAAUGUUACUGCACUUCUUCCACCAGAUUCAACUCAUGCUUAGCUUCUUGCUUUCCAAUUUUUUUUUAAUUAUAUUAUUUAGACGUAAUAAUUUAUCUCAGUGGCCAUUCUUGAAGUUAAUGUAUUCAGUAUGUUGUGUUUA